CCGCUCAGCUGCUGAAGUUUGUUAAAGCUGCAGAACUCUUCUAGUUGCACACUGGGACCUGUCUAUUGAUUAUCAUGAUUGCAUAUAUUUUAUAUACCGCGCUUAUAGGUUUGGCAAUUUUGCCAUUAUUGCUUUACUUAAGAAACCCUUAUAUUCUGAAAGAUAUAAGUUAUGCAAUUACUGCAAUUCAGAUCGGCAUGCGAGUGAGCAAAUUCAAGAACCACAAACCGUUUUACAGCAUUUUGGAUUGUUUUCUGGACAAAGUAGCCAAGCAGCCGCACAAGAAGUUUCUACUUUUCGAGGAGAGCUCCUUCACCUACAGCCAAGCCGACAAAGAGAGCAACAGAGUGGCCAGAGCUCUGUCGCUUCAUGCCAACUUGAAGGAAGGGGACACAGCGGCCGUCUUUCUGGGCAACGAGCCUCUCUUUGUGUGGAUCUGGCUCGGCUUAGCCAAGCUUGGCUGCACAGCUGCCCUGCUCAACUACAACAUCAGGUCCAAAUCCUUGCUGCACUGCUUCUCCUGCUGUGAAGCCAAGGUCCUGGUCGCCGGUGCUGAUUUGCGAGGUGCUGUAGAGGAGGUGUUGCCCACCUUGAAGCAGCAGGGCGUCCGUGUGUUCAUCCUCAAUGAGGACUGUGACUUGGAGGGCGUUGAAAGCCUCUCUGACAAGAUUCAGCAGGCCUCGGACCAACCUCUGUCACCUCACCUGAGGGCCAGCAUUAACAUUAAGAGCCCUGCGCUUUACAUCUACACAUCAGGAACCACAGGGCUUCCCAAGGCAGCUGUAAUUAAUCACGAGAGGCUAUGGAUGGCAUCUUUUCUUCAGUCUGUCGCUGGCGUACGCUCAGACGAUAUCAUCUACGUGUACCUGCCUCUUUACCACAGCGCUGCCUUUCUGAUGGGUCUUUGUGGAGCCAUAGAUAAGGGCAUCACUGUUGUUUUAAGACGUAAAUUCUCUGCCUCCCACUUCUGGAAUGACUGUAGAAAGUACAAUGUGACGGUCAUUCAGUACAUAGGAGAGAUUAUGCGCUACCUCUGCAACACACCAAAGAGAGACAACGAUAAGGAUCAUAAAGUCCGACUGGCUUUGGGGAACGGGAUAAGAACAGAUACUUGGGCUGAUUUCCUGCAACGUUUUGGGGACAUUCACAUCUGUGAAUGCUAUGGAGCGACAGAAGGAAAUAUUGGCUUUGUCAACUACGUUGGGAAAAUUGGAGCCAUUGGCAAAGAGCAUUUCCUUCAUAAAAUGGGAUGUCCAUACGCCCUCAUAAGGUACGACACAGAGAAAGAGGAGCCAGUCAAAAACUCUAAAGGAUUUUGUAUUGAAGUCCCCAGAGGAGAGACUGGUUUGUUGGUGGCGAAGAUUGGAGAGAGAACACCUUUCAGCGGCUAUGCCAAAAACAAUCUGCAGACAGAGAGGAAGAAGCUGAGAGAUGUGUUUGUUAAGGGAGACCUCUACUUUAACAGUGGUGACCUUUUAAAGAUAGAUGACGAGGGGUUUGUCUUCUUUCAAGAUCGCAUUGGAGACACUUUCAGGUGGAAAGGAGAAAAUGUGGCAACCACAGAGGUGGCUGAUCAUUUGCUCAUGGUAGACUGUGUUGAGGAGGUUAAUGUCUAUGGUGUGAAGGUGCCAGGACACGAGGGAAGAAUCGGAAUGGCAGCAAUGACGCUGAAAGAAAACAUGGACUUUGACGGCAAAGCUGCAUAUCAACAUGUCAAAAGAUACCUCCCCAGCUAUGCAAGACCUCGCUUCAUUCGCAUACAGGAUGCACUGGCAGUGACUGGGACGUUUAAGCAAAUGAAGGUGAAGCUGGGUGAGGAAGGCUUCAACCCCGCUAUCAUCAAGGACAGUUUGUUCUACCUGGAGGACCAUAAUGGCUACGUACCCAUGACUCAGGAGAUUUUCAACUCCAUCGCAGAGGGAAGAAUCAGGCUUUGAAUGAGUUUAGU